ACUGCGGGAGGCCCAGGUGUGCGUAUCAGCACGACGGUCUCGUGUGCACCUGGUAUCUCGCACCAUUACCAUCAGCUAUCGAAGUAGUGUAAAUGUGUAAUACAACUUGUGUUAAUAUAAUAGUAGUCUCAUAAUCUUUUUCCCUAUGUGUACAUGUCCGCGACCGUCGCUGGUGCGAUUAUGAUUCGUUUGUAGAUGAAAUCAUUUUCCUCUCUCUAUCGACGACGAAGUGACGACGCCGACCGCGUACCGUGAACGCGCCCGCAAACAGUCGCCAGUCGCCACGACAGAUCGGCCGCGAUGUCCGCUUUGACCGCCGGGGUGCAAUACAGUCUGUCGUCGAACCAGAACAAUGGCCUUAUGUCCAAGCAGAGGACGGGCAAGAACAAAACGCUGUUCUUCGUCAAGCUGACCGAUUCCUGUCUGAAGGCCGUUGAGGAUUACCUGCGGUGCUGUCAACAGGGUAACUCAGAAAACCUUCCAAAACCUAGAAUACAAUUUAAGGGCAAUGAAGGUCAAUUAUGCGUACCGAGCAUAUCAAAAAAUUAUACAUUUGACUUUAGUUUAUCCAAUACAACAGACACUGCUGCUCCUCGAAGUAGUUUUGAAUGUAUUCGUCAAAAUACGUCUAGAUCAUUAGAAUAUGUUGGUACCUUGAAUAGACAUAUACGAGUACUUGCAAAUGAUGAUGUAUAUGAAGCUACUAGACAUAGAAUGGUUGCURUUGAAGAAUUACACAAGAAAUCAUGUACACGGGAAAUUGAACUYGACAGCAAAUCAGCUCUUAGUCGCAAGAUACGAAAAAAUCCUGCUCAAAUAAGAGCUAGCCGUCAUAAUAAUAAUUCUUAUAAUAAUGUUAAUAUUACAAAUAACGUUCCAAAACCUAUAAUUUCCAAACCUAUACCCCCGCAUAUCCCUUCACCAGCCAAUCAUGCAUCAGAUAUUAGCAAAAAACCAUUAAGAGAUAGAAUUAUCCAUCUUUUAGCAUUAAGGCCAUACAAAAAACCAGAAUUAAUUAGUAUUUUAAAUAGAGAUGGUUUGAAAGAUAAAGAUAGAACACAGAUAAUGUCAGUUCUUAGUCAUAUAGCAAUAUCAAAGGAUAAUGCAUACUAUCUAUUAAGGCAUGUUUGGAAUGAUGUUCAAGAAGACUGGCCAUUUUAUAGCAGUCAAGAUCUUAUUGUAUUAAAACGACGAAAGCCUCAAAAUUUAACACCUCCUGGAUUAAGUGAUACUGGAAGCUCUGGCAGCAGUGAACAAUCCCCAAGUAGCACCGUUCCCAAUAGUCCUCCUAAUAAUGUUCAUGGUAACAAAAGACCUGGUUACUACAAUAGUGCAGAUGGUUUCCAGACGAAAAAAUUGCGAGUUUCACAUUUCAAACGACCAUCACCUGAGAAAAAAUUAUUAUCAAAUAGUCCUCCACCAAUUGUGUCUAGUACUCAAUCAACUAUACGAUCACCUACUCAUGCACCUUCUCAUACCAAUCCAAUACCAAAAUAUAUUCAAGAUUUUGUACGAAUAACAAACAAGGAGCAAAAGAAACAAUAUAAAUCAGAAUUCAUGAAAUGUCAUAAAGAAUACAAACACCUGGCUGAAAUUAUGGAUCCUGUUCGAAAUAAAUUUGCUAAGCUAAAAGAUCGUAUGUUACUUUAUCCUAAAGGUUCAAAUGAGUAUAAGAUUUUAGAAAACCAAAUAUUACAAGAAUAUAAUGAAAGAAAACAUGAUGAUAAAUAUCAAGCGGCUAAAACACGUUUUGACUACCUUCAUAACAAAUUGUCUCAUAUUAAAGAUCUGGUGCACGACUAUGAUAAAAACAAUCCAGUGUUGAUAUGUUGAUAUGAGCGUAAUGAAAACUUUUAAUGAUUUAUUGUUUUUUUUUUUUGUAAGGGGGGCUUGGUAUUCAAAUUUAAGAUCUUUUAAACUGACCGUUAAAAUCAUGAAUGUGUUAAAACUUAGCCAGAAAUAUUGAUUUUAUUUUAUUUUUGUUUGUAUUAAAGUUUAACACUAAAGAUCAAAAUUGUUUAUCACUCAAGUGCUUGUUUUCUUAUUUUGGAUGAGCUUGAAUAUGGCAGCUAUAUACACCAUGUAACUAAUUGGUUUCCUAUUGGCUGUUUGAAAACAUUCAUUAUAUUGUAAACUUAAAUUUAGGCAUAUGUCUAUUGUCUAUGUACGACAUGUAUCCAUUUAUAUGCCAUAUGAUUGGUUUUUAUUAUCUUGGUGUUGCAUAUUAUGCAAAAAUUAACUUUUUUCAAUUACAUUUAUUGUAUAAAUGUCUGAUGAUAAUUAUUAUCAAUUUGA